UUCCCGACGCCGAACUCGUGCCAUUUCCCUUUCCUCUCCCGCGCGUGCCGAAGCCCGACGCCGAGCCCUAACCGCCGGCUCGGCGGUUUCUUCCUCUUCUCCGAGGCCGAAGCCUUAAACCCCUCGGCUCCUCCUUUUCUUCUUCUCCUCAUCUUCUUUGCGCCGAUCGCCUCACCCCGCGACACCGAAGUCACCACCGCCGGCUCCUCUUUUCCUGCGCGCCGACGCAGAUCGCCGGCUACUGCCGACUCUAGCGCCUUACCCCGACGCACGGAGCCAGUCGUGGUCGUGCCCUAGCAGAGACUUGCCGCACCACCGCCGCCGCCUGUUCUCAGCAAAGCAGCGCCACAGUCGACGCCUACGGACUAGGGCAACGCUGUGCCCUAGAUUUGCAGCGCCGCCGUCCCAUUCUGCCCUAGCCAUCACUGACACUGCCCUCCUGCAGUGUCUUUCGCUCGUCGCUGCCCUUGUGAUCUAGCGUCGGUCGGCUAGCCGUGAGUGCCAGCAAAACACCUUGUUAUCGGCUUGAGUUUCUGGCAUUAGGGCUUCCAGUGGCAGCUUUGUCCGGUUUUUGGUCAUUUCAGGCAGUAAAGGAAGAGUGAGGAGUUUCGGCAGCCAACAGCCCUUAACGGCAGCCCUCAUUCCAGCAUCUUCUUGUUCUUGAAUAAGCUGUGGAACUUGAGCCAAUUAGCCAGCGUCUGGGUGCAACUCCACCGCAAGUGUCUUCACUGCAAGUGUCCUCUUAACCACCUCCCUCUUCAAUCAAUUAAUCUCAAUGGCGGCUGCAGCCAAAACGACGAUAGUGAAGGAUAAGUUUCUCGACGACGACAACUCCAUAUUGAACGCCAUCAACCCUACGCACACCCACGACGGAAGGAUAACGGCAAUUAAGCCCCUGUUAUCCGUUGCGGCAAAAAUACUGAAAGAAACUGGAAUUACUACUCUGGUUCAAGAAAUACUGCUAGAAGACAAUAUUAAAACCAUCGAACCACUGACGUCCACCAUCCACACCGUCUCUUGCAAGCUCGCCUGCGAAUGCUCUGGAGUCGAUCAGCAUGGUGGAGCGAUGAGGAUUUUUAAGUUGCUAGGAUGUUACGAUUGGGAUGCAAAGGUGAUGAUAGCGCUGACAGCAUUUGCUAUGAACUAUGGCGAGCUUUAUCUGCUUUCCACGGCAAAGACAUCUCUUUCAGGAACCUUGGCUGCCUUAAAGCGGCCGCCGCGAAUUACUGAAAAUAUACAAGUCCUCAUCCAAGCAGUUACAAAGCUUUCCAAGUGCAUCACUGAUGUCACUUGUUACCCUGAUCACAUAUCAUCCGAUGACAGCCUUGUUCUUCUUGAGUGCAAGUUCGCUUUCCCUAUUGCUGCCUACUGGAUUAUUAGAAGCCUUGUUGCCUGUUCCAGUCACUUUACUUCCUUCACCGAUGAACCGAAUAAUGGGAGUUUCACCGUAGACAGCGUCUACAUCUCAUUUCUGGUCGAAGGAAUCGACAACCUUUACAAUCGUAUCAAUGCACUACUUGAAAAAAUUGCGUACCGGAAAUAUCAAGAGUCCUAUUUGAAAAUAACGAUUCUCUUUGAGAUGGUACAAAAGACUACGUUACAAAUUUUGGAGGGAAUACACAACUCCGAGGAUCUCAAACCCCUAGUCCAUGGUGAGAAGGGGAGCGUAACUCUUGAGGAGGUGCUUACGAAAAAGACUGUCAUGUUGUACGUCUCGGAUCUCAGUAUCAUUACAAAAGCCGAGGAGCUAGCGAUGUUGAAGGCGAGAUACAUGUCACAAUCUCAUCAACAACACGAGAUUGUUUGGCUACCUAUCAUAGACGAUUAUACUGCAGACAUGAAGAAGACUUUUUAUGACUUGGUCACCGACAUGCCAUGGUAUGCGCUAAACCCAGUGUGUCUUAAACGAGAAGCAAAGCAAUACAUAAAAGAGAAGUGGAUGCACGAAAAGAAGACGUCAUUGGUGGUGCUAGACCAAGGGAAAGUAGUGUGCCACGACGCCCUCCACCAAGUGCGUAUUUGGAAAAAACUCGAUUUCUCCUUCACCGUCGAAGAAUCAUAUAGUCUUUGGAGGAACGUUUCAUGGAAGCUCGAUUUAUUUGAAGAUCAUUUUGAUGCCGCUACCAAAGAAUGGGUUAGGAAAAAUAACAACAUUUGCCUAUACGGAGGGAAGGACCUCAAAUGGAUAAAAGAAUUUACUACAGAAUUUAAGCGCGUCUCAGAGAUUACCAAAACACAAGUAAAGAUAGUGUACAUCGGCAAGCAUGUGAAGGAGGUGAUGAAUCAAGCGAAAGUAGCUAAAUACAAUGUGGAUUGUUGGGAUGAGGCCAAGAUUCGUUCAUUCUGGGAACACGUUGAGAGUAUGUGGCAUUGCAAGAUGCAACACCAAAGCAACACCAGUAAUAAUGAUGUCAUCUUGCAGGAGCUUAUGAGGAUGAUAAGCUUCGGUAACAGUGAGGAGGGGUGGGCAAUAUUUAGCAAAGGAGCAACAUCGAACAUUGUCAAGGCCCAUGAGAAAGAGCUUCUUACAUGCCUUCGGGAAUGGAAAACAUCUAAAGAAGAAUUUUUUGUGGAACUAUCAAAAAAGUUCAGUAAUAAUAAAACACUGCCCACUGAUCAUCAUUGCAUUAGCUUCGUACUCCCUAGAGAUGCUGCCAACUUCAAGGAGGAGAUGCUUUGUGCGCAAUGCCAGAAGCCAAUGGAGAAGUUUGUGCUCUAUCGCUGUUGCAAAUGAUUGGGCGAAGAGUACGUUGAAAACUUUUUCUAUGCAAGUUCUUUGUGAUUGUGAGUUUACCUAAAUAAAAUUGGACAUUGUUCUGUCCAAUCUAGAUGGUGAUAGUGUGGUGAUGCUUGUUUGAAUUCAAAGUUCUUGUCCGUUGUCCUUAUCCUUGUCCAAGUGUUUGUACUUUUAUCAUUUUCAUUAAAUAAAAUAAAUUUCAAUUCUA